CGACGAUCAUCGGGUGAUGUGACUGAAUCAACACGACCAUUCAUCUGAGUCACUGCUUUGCAGACUGGUGACUUUGUUAACAACUUCAUUGACUGGUUCAUUUCAAAAGCAGGUUUCCUCUUGCUUCCUGGGGUUCUCAGCCAUGCUCUUGCAGCUUUGACUUGUCUUGACAAAGGUGUCUGUUGUUGGUGCACUGAUGGUGUUGCCCCCUUGAGGGACCCAGCAAUUAGUCCCCUCUUGCCCAGACAGAUUAAAGAAAAAUCCAUUCCAAACACAAAAUAUCAUGGGGCGGAAGAAAAUACAGAUUUCUCGGAUUCUUGACCAACGAAAUCGACAGGUGACAUUUACCAAGCGCAGAUUUGGUUUGAUGAAAAAAGCCUACGAGCUGAGCGUGUUGUGCGACUGUGAGAUAGCUCUCAUCAUCUUCAACAGCACGAAUCGUCUCUUCCAGUACGCCAGCACUGAUAUGGACAAAGUGCUGCUGAAGUACACCGAAUACAGUGAACCUCAUGAGAGCCGUACAAACACUGACAUACUAGAGACUUUAAGAAAGAAGGGACUGGGGCUGGAUAGUUCUGAGCUCGAUCAGGAAGACAGCAUGGCGAUAGGGAUGGAGAAAUAUCAGCUUAGCGAUGGCAUGGACCUCUCCAUUGCUCGCCAGCGCUAUUACGCUCCUUCACUCCUCCCCACAGAAGCUCCAAUGAUAGGUGUGAGUAGUGAGAAUGGUUACACCAACUCAAAUUCAAACUUAGGGGCCCACCGGACUCCAACAUUCAAACCUCUGUGCACCAGGCCUGGGUCAGCUGGUUCUGCUGGAUCAAACUCCCAUACAGCUCUUGUGGGACCACAUGCAGGUCUGGGCUACUCAAUGUUCUCCCAUGGCAACCUGAGCAGGGCGUUGGAGAUGAAGACUCCGCCCCCUCUGAGCAUGACCAGUGAUGGACGGCGCCUUGAUGCACACACUGCACUAUGCGGAACCCGCAGCAAUUUGGCAAAUGCAGUGAGAGAGUCCACCAAAAGGGCGCUGUAUCAUAGUAUGCAUGCCGGUGGCCAAAUGAUGGCGAUGGGAAAGACAGGCUUACUGGGCCACAGUCUGGGGAACUACGGAGCCUCAGACUACAGCCACCCAGGUCACACUGUGGGUUUUCAGCGUAAUUCAAUUAAUACUUGGCAACCUGUGCCUCAUCAGGAUGCCCACCAGUCAAUGAUCAGCCCUGGAAUUGCUUCGGGUGGAAAUUGCUCAUACCCUUCCCAGUGCUCCUCCCCGCCACACCCCUCUCUCAACCUGACCAUCAAAUCAGAGCGCACCUCUCCUGAGCACACGCACUCAGCCAUGUCCCCCGGCCAUCACAUGGUACAGCACUCACCAAUAGAAGAGGCCAAAGUGAUGAGACGCACACCCUCAGAAGAGUAUACGGCUAUGAAAAGCCAGCGUGGUCCAAACAGAGGCCCUGGAGAAGAGAAACGCAAUGAGCCUCUGAAACAACCUGAGAUCAGUAAUGGAUGGAUAAGAUAACUAGUUGCCCAAGCCUCUUCAACACACAUUUAUGGCUCUCUAAACUGUAAAAGGUUGAUAUGUGAAGUUGUUACCAUAAGGAGUUAUUUCAACUUGAUUUAAAGGAAUAGUUCACCCAAAAAUGAAAAUUAUCUCAUGAUUUACUCACCCUCAUUCCAUCCCAGAUGUGUCUGACUUUCUUCUGCUGAACAUAAAUGAAGAUUUUUAAGAAGAUCUAUGCUCUGUAGGUCCACACAAUGCGAGGUGAACAGAAUGGUGGACAGAACUUUGAAGCUCCAAAAA